AUGGAUAAAUGGAAGAGGAAGAAGAAAGAGGAGAGAAAGGAAGAGGGGAGUAUCACACAAGCAACACUGGAAGGCACCGCGGUUCUUCAAUGCGACGGGGCAACAGUCAGCGACGAUGUAGUUAUGGCAAACAUCGACAAGCUGGCCAUAUGCUCAAUGAUCGACGAUGAUGUGACCCUGACUUGCUACUGGUAUUGA